CAAGGCGUCGCUCUUCCGUCUCCGAGCGUGCCUGUCCGGGCCCCUCUGCUACACCGGUCUCGAGAAGAAGGGCACCGCGGUGGUACUGCAUCUUCGUCGAGAAAUCCACGUGUGACAGAAGGAGAGACAGAAGGCAUCUGUGGGAGUGAGGAAAGCGAAGACGCACGGGUCGACGGAGACACGUGUGCGAACACCUCCAGGCCUCCGUUACGCCUUGGUUCCGCUUCUGCUGUGCAGGGGGCUUGUCUUCCGCCUCCGGGUGGGGAGCUGUCAGGCAGCCUCAGUGAUACGACAGCAGACUCCUCAGAGCCUGGAAGCUCGUGUCUCCUCGCAUGCGUAGGACCCUAUUUGGAUGGCUGCAGCCUUGUCGUUAACCAGGCUGACCGCACGCACCCUGGACUCCAGGAGGUGUGCCGCACCCUCGGCCAGCGACUGUUCACACACGUCUUCGCAGUGGCCUACCUAACACCGCCCUCCUCCUACGCGGUCGGUACGCACACUGACGACCAGGACGUUUUCCUCAUCCAGUUGUGGGGACAGAAGCACUGGAAGAUCUACGCGCCUCCACAACAGCUUCCUUUGUCUGAAGAGAUGCUGGGAAAAAAGGAGCCCUUCAGCAAGGAUCCCGGUCAGCCGGUGCUGCAGGUCACCCUCGAAGAGGGAGACAUUCUAUACAUUCCCAGAGGGUAUGUUUGACGGCUGGGACG